AUGUCGCACCGCGGUGAGACUCUGCACAAGGAUGUGUGCUGCAUCGCCGACUUGAAGGAGAUGGGCGGCAAGAAGCUAUCUCCAAUGUACCGAGAAAACGAAACGGCAUUUGAUCGCUACAAGAUCCGACCUCGAAUUCUAGUUAAUGUCGACAACAUCGACACAAGUACAGAUUUCCUCGGCAGCAAGGUGUCCCUUCCUUUCAGUUUCGGUCCUGCUGCGUCUCAUAAGCUCGCACAUAAAGAUGGAGAGCUUGCAACCUCUCGCGCGGCCGCAAAAUACAAUAUGGGUAUGGGAUUAUCAUCCUAUGCCACCUACGGAUGUGAGGAGGUUGCUCAGCAGGGACUCGGAAAUCCAUAUUUCAUGCAGAUGUGUGUGCUGAAGGACCGAUCACUCACAAUCCAACUAUUGGAUAGAGCCAAGAAGGCGGGAUACAAAGCCUUGUUUUUAUCCGUCGAUGUGCCAGUUUUAGGAAAGCGCAUCAAUGAAUAUCGAAACGAGUUCCGUAUUCCAGAAGAUAUGGCUUACCCCAACAUUCUCAGCAGUGGGGCCGAUACAUCCGACCGUACAGAUUAUGUAUGUUCCCCUGAAGAUGUGGAGCUGGCCAUCAAGUACGGUGUCGACGGAAUUGUGAUUUCCAACCACGGAGGCCGACAACUAGACGGUGUCCCAUCUACACUUGACGCUUUGAGAGUAUGCGCCCCUGUCGCGAAGGGACGAAUUCCCAUAACACUCGAUGGAGGAAUUCGGCGUGGAUCAGACAUCUUCAAAGCCUUAGCGCUAGGGGCCAGCCACUGUUUCCUAGGCCGAAUCCCUGUCUGGGGAUUAGCCGAAGGAGUGGAGCUAGCGAUCAAGAUCCUUCGCCAAGAACUAAGAAUCACCAUGGCGCUGGCGGGAUGCCGUACCAUCAGCGAUAUUCAAAAAAGUUAUCUCUCCAUCCUGCAGCCCGAUGGCAUCCUCGCCAAGCUGUGA